UUGUUAUUUAACUCUAUAUAAUAGGUUUGAAUCCCCCGUAAGACUUGACAUAUGAUUUAGUCAGCGCGCUGCUGUACAUGGUAUGCUCUCAGGCUUUAUAAAGUUAUAUAAAAUUCGAUUUAUAACUGUAUAAGAUAUAGCCCGGAUUCGUAGUUUACAAACUGAAGGACAGUAGCAACAAAGCAUACCAAUAGUUGCCAAACAGAUCGAUCACUAAUUAUGUCUGUGAAUUGUACUAGUGUAAACAUGCUUUUUACCUGUGUCGUCGUAGACUUUGGCGAGAAGCGAAUGACUUUCCACAACAAUGGAUCGGCAAAGUACCAGCAUUUCCUUUCUCAUGGUAUUUCAGGAGUGGUGUGUAUAGAAGAUAAACUAAGCGUGUUCGGCAAUCGCGUAUAACCCGGAUUUUAGACAUGGCAGAAUCCAUCCUAAAAAACUUGACAAUGGAUCAAAAACUAAAGGCUUUCGAAAAAACACGUGCAAAGUUCAGCGUGCCUGGUGCGAAACUUGUGCUUAUCACGGAGGAAUACUAUGAUGCCGCCUUGAAGUUUGCUCGAGAAAAUUACCUCCCACAUGAACCUUUGAAUAAAGCAUUUGGUGUGCCUUGGAGUCAAGAGCAGGAAAAGUUUUGGUUGAAAAUGUUGAAACUCAACUUAUCUCUAAUGCUGAUAAAUGAAGAAAGCGGAGAACCGAUGGCAUUCCGGGUAACUAGAAUUGCUAGGUACGAUGACAAAAUAAAUCUAGAAUUAAUACAAACGCCGCCUUUUAGGGAAUUGAUACGCUAUUGUGUCUACGGUGACAGACAAGCGGAUUUCUUCGGGCAAAAUGGUAUCACUGAAGCAUUUCACUUUCUCGGACUGGCAGUGGCUGAUAAAUUCAAAAACCGUGGCCUUGCAACACAAAUUUUUAACGCAGCAAUUGACAUGAUACGGAACUUUGGAAUUGACCCGGUGUACGUGAAAGUAGAAGGUUCAUCAAAUUUUUCGAAGAAAAUAUUUGAAAAUGCAAACUUUGAGAUAUUGUACGAGUUACCGUUUGCAACGUGGGAAGUAGACGGAAAAUUUCCAAUUCAGAAUACGGGUAUACAUAAAUCGAUGAAGAUAUAUAGAAAGAAACUUACAGCUGAAUCGUGAUCAGAAAUCUAAAAACUACCAUGCUCAAUUUGUGUUCCAUGCAUUUCAGAAAUGAUUUAUUGAUAUAAGACGGUACGUAGCUACAACUGAACUGAACAUAUUGAGCAAAUUAUUCCAUCUUGGUUUUAUUUAUUGACAUACAGACGAACAUGCAGCGUAGAAAUGGUACAUGGCGAUUUAGCUCUGUUCAGUGAUGCGUCUUACAAUUUUGUGAAGAUCAUAAAUUUGCCGGCUUUUUAAGUACAAUACUUUAUGUUUGUAUAUUCUGAUGUAGAUAGAAAAGAAGAAUAUGGUAUUGUUCUGUAAACCAUCAAAAAGCUCAUUUUCAAAUGCAUUGAGGAAUAUGUUAGCUAAUCGGAAGUGUAUAUACUAUAUUAUCCUUUAAAAAUAAAGUUACUGGUUUUAUAAAUUCUAUCAAUUGAAAUUAAAAACAAGUUGUCAUGGUUUUUGAUUCAGCAAUUUUAUGUAUAACAUACCACUUCGCGUGAUAGUAAAAUUAAUAACAUUUCAGGAACUA